ACACUUGACUUACAUCUACAUCAUCAACAACAACAACAGCAAGAGACAUGCAAUCUUCCUGACUACUAUUCAUCAUCCCGCCUCUCUGUUUAACAAUAAAAGCACACGAAUUGAGACACACCUAACCAAACCUUAUUUCAAAUAACAAAAGUCAUUCAACGUGCAAAACUGCAUCCACACCCACAAUGCUGAUGGGAUUCUUCGAAUUGAUAUUGGCACUGUUCGUGUUGGGACUAUCAGUAGUUAUCUCAAUCUUAAUCUCACAACCAUUCACAGGUGCACUGGUUCGGUUACGUGCUAAUUAUCUACCAAAAGCUGUAUCUCUAGACAACGUCUUGGAAGAUGGUGCACAACCAGGCGCUUCAGGCGUACGUGGUGUAACGGCAGGUGCGAUAAGCGGAUACUUUUUACGGGAAAGACAAAGUGCAGCAAAGAUUGGUCCAGUAGUCAGUGGAAUUGUCGCAAUGCUAAUUCGAACAAGACGCUUGGAAGGUUGGCCGGGAAUAUACAAAGGUUCAGCUCCCGUUGCUGCUCAAUUGAUCGUUUUAGGUUUCUUUACUCUGCUCAUCUUCAACGUUGGCGGGAUCACAGGAACCGGAGGCGGUGCUUAUCGUAGCGCACCUAGCGGUCCCGAUCAGUUUGGCUUCUUUGGUAAUCUGAUCUUUAUGAUCAUCACAAGCAUAGUAGCCCUUCCGCUCAAUGUGAUCACAAAUCGUGCUAUCGUUCACCCGAGAAUCCUAAGCUUUCAAAAUGCAAGAGAAAAUCUGCGAGAGCUUCUAUCGUACUCUGAAUUCAGUCAGCCUUGGCGAUUGUACCUCUUGCCCGGUCUUUUGCCAGUUCAACUUAUGCACAUCUUCUGGAUCGGUUUCGUAACACGAAUUGUAAGGCAUUGGACCGUCCCUUCACUUGGAGGACUACCUCCUUCGACACCUGCAGGCCCUAACGAUGACACUUACUCAGGACCUUCUUCCUCCGACGGAAGUAUGUCAGUCACUACGUUUGGCUUGGCGGUCUUUCUCAGUUGGUGUGUGCUCAGUGUGGUGAUCUUGAGUCCAUUGGAGUGUGUAAUGGUGCGACUAUCAGUCCAAAGGCCAGAAAGGCAACAACCUCUCCAUCUCGCUUAUGCACGUCUAUCCUCUAAUGGAGCACCAGCAGCAGGACCUGCGCCUUACAACAAUCAAGCUCAAGUACAACAAAACAGCAAUGCUAACCCAGAAGCAAAUCAAACAGGAGGAUAUUCUGAUCAAGCGAAUGUAAAUGGCAAACCCGAUGCUCAACCCACCGACCCAGCUCCCCGACCCAGCUUUGCAAUUGAAGAUGAUGACGAUAAUGAUGAACAGCCGAUUGGAGGAGUGAAAGAGCCAGCAAGUGAAAACAAAACAACAGUUGAAGAAGCAAGAGAUGAAUCUGAUCCAGCUCCUGCAACGGAUAACACUGCUCAUCGUGUACUUGGACCACAAACAAAUACUCAGAAUCCCUCCACUUUUGUUCCUUCGCCAAGUACAAAUUGGCACAGAGCAGGAAGUGAGCCUUCAGAACCUGUGAUCGCUUUACGACCUUGCGAUGAACCUCUAUCAGCAGAAGAAGCAGCAAGAGCAGAAUCAGAAGGAUUUGGAGCGCCUACAGUUGAACGAUAUUCUGGAAUGGUGGAUUGUUUGAACAAGUUAGUGGAUGAAGAAGGUAUUGAAGCUCUUUAUCGUGGUGCUUGGGUGACAUUGUUGGGAAUCUUGGUGGGAAAUUUCAGUUAGAAGGAAUAUGAUCUUGUCAAAGGCAUUCACUUCUUUCAAAUGAUUAUGUAUCAGUCAUCUUGUAUUUUAUACAUGCAUCCAAAAACAAUAACAUACCAUGACAACCA